CCUGGGCCCGGCGCGAUGGGGGCCGCCGCCGGCUGGAGCUCCCACCUGGGGCCCGCGCCCGCCGGCCGCCCGCAGCGCUCUCUGCUCCUGCUGCAGCUGCUGCUGCUCGUCGCGGCACCGGGGGCCACGCAGGCCGAGGCCGCCCCGUUCCCCGAGCUGUGCAGUUAUACAUGGGAAGCUGUUGAUACCAAAAAUAAUGUACUUUAUAAAAUCAACAUCUGCGGAAGUGUGGAUGUUGUCCAGUGCGGGCCAUCAAGUGCUGUUUGUAUGCACGACUUGAAGACACACACUUAUCAUUCAGUGGGUGACUCUGUUUUGAGAAGUGCAACCAGAUCUCUCCUGGAAUUCAACACAACAGUGAGCUGUGACCGGCCAGGCACAAAUCACAGAGUCCAGAGCAGCAUUGCCUUCCUGUGUGGGAAAACCCUGGGAACUCCUGAAUUUGUAACCGCAACAGAAUGUGUGCACUACUUUGAGUGGAGGACCACUGCAGCCUGCAAGAAAGACAUAUUUAAAGCAAAAAAGGAGGUGCCGUGCUAUGUGUUUGAUGAAGAGUUGAGGAAGCAUGAUCUCAAUCCUCUGAUCAAGCUUAGUGGUGCCUACUUGGUGGAUGACUCCGAUCCGGACACUUCUCUAUUCAUCAAUGUUUGUAGAGACAUAGACACACUUCGAGACCCAGGUUCACAGCUGCGGGCCUGUCCCCCUGGCACUGCCGCCUGCCUGGUAAGAGGAGACCAGGCGUUCAAUGUUGGCCAGCCCCAGGAAGGACUGAAGCUGGUGCGCAAGGACAGGCUUGUCCUGAGUUACGUGAGGGAAGAGGCAGGAGAGCUAGACUUUUGUGACGGUCACAGCCCCGCAGUGACUAUUACGUUUGUUUGCCCGUCGGAGCGGAGAGAGGGCACCAUUCCCAAACUCACUGCUAAAUCCAACUGCCGCUAUGAAGUUGAGUGGAUUACUGAGUAUGCCUGCCACAGAGAUUACCUGGAAAGCAAAACUUGUUCUCUGAGUGGUGAGCAGCAGGACGUCUCCAUAGACCUCACACCACUUGCCCAGAGCGGAGGUUCGCCCUAUAGUUCAGAUGGAAAAGAAUAUUUGUUUUAUUUGAGUGUCUGUGGAGAAACUGAAACACAGUUCUGUAAUAAAAAGCAAGCUGCGGUUUGCCAAGUGAAAAAGAACAAUACGUCUCAAGUCAAAGCAGCAGGAAGAUACCAGAAUCAGACCCUCCGAUAUUCGGAUGGAGACCUCACCUUGAUAUAUUUUGGAGGCGAUGAAUGCAGCUCAGGGUUUCAGCGGAUGAGCGUCAUAAACUUUGAGUGCAAUAAAACCGCAGGUAAUGAUGGGAAAGGAAGUCCUGUAUUCACAGGAGAGGUUGACUGCACCUACUUCUUCACAUGGGACACGAAAUACGCCUGUGUUAAGGAGAAGGAAGACCUUCUCUGCGGUGCUGUCGACGGGAAGAAGCGCUACGACCUGUCCGCGCUGGUCCGCCACGCAGAACCAGAGCAGAAUUGGGAAGCCGUGGAUGGCAGCCAGACGGAAACAGAGAAGAAGCAUUUUUUCAUUAAUAUCUGUCACAGAGUGCUGCAGGCAGACAAGGCGCGAGGGUGCCCCGAGGAUGCGGCAGUAUGCGCAGUGGAUAAGAAUGGAAGUAAAAAUCUGGGAAAAUUUAUUUCUUCUCCCACAAAAGAGAAAGGCAACAUUCAACUCUCUUAUUCAGAUGGUGAUGAUUGUGGUCAUGGCAAGAAAAUAAGAACUAAUAUCACACUUGUAUGCAAGCCAGGUGAUCUGGAAAGUGCACCAAUGUUGAGAACUUCUGGGGAAGGCGGUUGCUUUUAUGAGUUUGAGUGGCACACAGCGGCGGCCUGUGUGCUGUCGAAGACAGAAGGGGAGAACUGCACGGUCUUUGACUCCCAGGCAGGGUUUUCUUUUGACUUAUCACCUCUCACAAAGAAAAAUGGUGCCUAUAAAGUUGAGACAAAGAAGUAUGACUUUUAUAUAAAUGUGUGUGGCCCAGUGUCUGUGAGCCCCUGUCAGCCAGACUCAGGAGCCUGCCAGGUGGCAAAAAGUGACGAGAAGACUUGGAACUUGGGACUGAGUAAUGCGAAGCUUUCGUAUUAUGAUGGGAUGAUCCAACUGAACUACAGAGGCGGCACGCCUUAUAACAACGAAAGACACACACCGAGAGCUACGCUCAUCACCUUUCUCUGUGAUCGAGACGCCGGGGUGGGCUUCCCUGAAUAUCAGGAAGAGGAUAACUCCACCUACAACUUCCGGUGGUACACCAGCUAUGCCUGCCCGGAGGAGCCCCUGGAAUGCGUGGUGACCGACCCCUCCACACUGGAGCAGUACGACCUCUCCAGUCUGGCAAAAUCUGAAGGUGGCCCUGGAGGAAACUGGUACGCCAUGGACAACUCAGGGGAACAUGUCACGUGGAGGAAAUACUACAUUAACGUGUGUCGGCCUCUGAAUCCAGUGCCGGGCUGCAACCGGUAUGCAUCGGCUUGCCAGAUGAAGUAUGAAAAAGAUCAGGGCUCCUUCACUGAAGUGGUUUCCAUCAGUAACUUGGGAAUGGCAAAGACUGGCCCGACGAUUGAGGACAGCGGCAGCCUCCUUCUGGAAUACGUGAAUGGAUCGACCUGCACCACCAGCGACGGCAGACAGACCACAUACACCACGAGGAUCCAUCUCGUCUGCUCCAGGGGCAGGCUGAACAGCCACCCCAUCUUUUCUCUCAACUGGGAGUGUGUGGUCACUUUCCUGUGGAACACAGAGGCUGCCUGUCCCAUCCAGACAGCAACGGAUACAGACCAGGCCUGCUCUAUAAAGGAUCCCAACAGUGGAUUUGUGUUUAAUCUUAACCCGCUAAACAGUUCGCAAGGAUAUGUGUUCUUCAACAUUGGGAAGACUUUUGUGUUUAAUGUCUGCGGCACAAUGCCUGUCUGUGGGACCAUCCAGGGAAAACCUGCUUCUGGCUGUGAGGCGGAAUCCCAAACUGAAGAUCUCCAGAAUCUGAAGCCAGAAAGGGCAGUCGGAAUUGAGAAAAGCCUCCAGCUGUCUACAGAGGGCUUCAUCACUCUGACCUACAAAGGGCCUGUCUCUGCCAAAGGUUCUGCUGAUGCUUUUAUCAUCCGCUUUGUUUGCAAUGAUGGUGUUUACCCAGCGAUCUCCAAAUUCCUGCAUCAAGACAUCGACUCUGGGCAAGGGAUCCGAAACACUUACUUUGAGAUUGAAACUGCAUUGGCCUGUGUUCCUUCUCCAGUGGACUGCCAAGUCACUGACCCGGCUGGAAAUGAGUAUGACCUGAGUGGCUUAAGCAUGGUCAGGAAGCCUUGGACGGCUGUCGACACCUCUGUCGAUGGGAGGAAGAGGACUUUCUAUUUGAGCGUUUGCAGUCCUCUCCCUGACAUUCCUGGAUGCCAUGGCAGCGCAAUGGGGUCUUGCUUAGUGUCAGAAGUCAAUAACUGGAACCUGGGUGUGGUGCAGAUGAGUCCCCAAGCUGCGGCUAAUGGAUCUUUGAGCAUCAUGUAUGUCAACGGUGACAAGUGUGGGAACCAGCGCUUCUCCACCAGGAUCACGUUUGAGUGUGCUCAGAUAUCGGGCUCACCAACGUUUCAGCUUCAGGAUGGCUGUGAGUACGUGUUUAUCUGGAGAACUGUGGAAGCCUGUCCCAUUGUCAGAGUGGAAGGAGACAACUGUGAGGUGAAAGACCCAAGGCAUGGCAACUUGUAUGACCUGAAGCCCCUGGGCCUCAACGACACCAUCGUGAGUGCCGGCGAAUACACCUAUUACUUCCGGGUCUGUGGGAAGCUUUCCUCAGACGUCUGCCCCACAAGUGACAAGUCCAGGGUGGUCUCCUCGUGUCAGGAAAAGCGGGAACCACAGGGAUUUCACAAAGUGGCAGGUACCAUUGUUUGUCCUUUUCCUUUUGUUGCAAAGGAAUCGGCCUUGGUUUUAAACAACAAGUGGCCUGCGGCCGCCCCGGGCAUGACCCCCGCUGUGUGUGCUCUGAGCAUCUUGGCUGCUCGCCUUUGUCACCAGCGAGUUCCACUUCUCAGUGGCCUGAGCACAGACGACACGCACUUUGCAGACUUGGAGAUGAGAACUUGGCAACUCCUUCGACCGUCUCGUCCUGUCAAAGCGUACAGUGAGAACUGGGAAGCCAAAUCACUGCGGACGGGAGAAGCCCGGAGCAACAUACCUCACUCAAAUGUCUGCAAGUCUCUGGCCCCGCCAUUUGGCGCACUGGUGAGAGAAGGCUCCUCGGAGGUGGUGGUUGCAAAGAGGGUCUCCUCGUGGGGUGGUUGUAGUGAGUGUAUCGAACGCCGGCACUGGCGAGAGAGGGCCUCCUCGUGGGUGGUGGUUGUAGUGAGUGUAUCGAAGGCCGGCACUGAGCCAUGCCCUCCAGAAGCAGCCGCGUGUCUGCUGGGUAGCUCCAAGCCCGUGAACCUCGGCAGGGUAAGGGACGGACCUCAGUGGAGAGAUGGCGUAAUAGUCCUGAAAUACGUCGAUGGCGACUUAUGUCCAGACGGGAUUCGGAAAAAGUCAACCACCAUCCGAUUCACCUGCAACGAGAACCAGGUGAACUCCAGGCCCAUGUUCAUCAGCGCGGUGGAGGACUGUGAGUACACCUUCGCCUGGCCCACGGCCACAGCCUGUCCUGUGCAGAACAACGAGCAUGACGACUGCCAGGUCACCAACCCAAGCACAGGACACCUGUUUGAUCUGACCUCCUUAAGUGGAAGGGCGGGAUUCACAGCUGCUUACAGCGAGAAGGGGCUGGUCUACAUGAGCAUCUGUGGGGAGAAUGAAAACUGCCCUCCUGGCGUGGGGGCCUGCUUUGGACAGACCAGGAUCAGCGUGGGCAAGGCCAGCAAGAGGCUGAGAUACGUGGACCAGGUCCUGCAGCUGGUGUACAAGGACGGGUCCCCUUGUCCCUCCAAAUCCGGCCUGACCUAUAAGAGCGUGAUCAGUUUCGUGUGCAGGCCUGAGGCCGGGCCAACCAAUAGGCCCAUGCUUAUCUCCCUGGACAAGCAGACGUGCACUCUCUUCUUCUCCUGGCACACGCCACUGGCCUGCGAGCAAGCGACGGAAUGUUCCGUGAGGAAUGGAAGCUCUAUUGUUGACUUGUCUCCUCUCAUUCAUCGCACGGGUGGUUAUGAGGCUUAUGAUGAGAGUGAGGAUGACGCCUCCGAUACCAACCCUGAUUUCUACAUCAAUAUUUGUCAGCCACUAAAUCCCAUGCACGGAGUGCCUUGUCCUGCUGGAGCCGCUGUGUGCAAAGUUCCUAUUGAUGGUCCCCCCAUAGAUAUCGGCCGGGUCGCAGGACCACCAAUACUCAAUCCGGUAGCGAAUGAGAUUUACUUGAAUUUUGAAAGCAGUACUCCUUGCUUAGCGGACAAGCAUUUCAACUACACCUCGCUCAUCGCGUUUCACUGUAAGAGAGGCGUGAGCAUGGGAACGCCUAAGCUGUUAAGGACCAGCGAGUGCGACUUUGUGUUCGAAUGGGAGACUCCGGUCGUCUGUCCUGAUGAAGUGAGGACGGAGGGCUGUGCCCUGACGGAUGAGCAGCUCCUCUACAGCUUCAACUUGUCCAGCCUCUCCACGAGCACCUUUAAGGUGACUCGAGACUCACGCACCUACAGCGUUGGGGUGUGCACCGCUGCGGCCGGGCCAGAACAAGGAGGCUGUAAGGAUGGAGGAGUCUGUCUGCUCUCGGGCACCAAGGGGGCAUCCUUUGGACGGCUGCAGUCAAUGAAACUGGAUUACCGGCACCAGGAUGAAGCUGUCGUUUUAAGUUAUGUGAAUGGUGAUCGUUGCCCUCCAGAAACUGAUGAAGGCAUCCCCUGUGUCUUCCCCUUCACAUUCAACGGGAAGAGCUACGAGGAGUGUGUCAUAGAGAGCAGGGCAAAGCUGUGGUGUAGCACAACUGCGGACUACGACAGAGAUCAUGAGUGGGGCUUCUGCAGACACUCAAACAGCCACCGGACAUCCAGCAUCAUAUUUAAGUGUGAUGAAGACGAGGACAUUGGGAGGCCACAAGUCUUCAGUGAAGUGCGUGGGUGUGAUGUGACAUUUGAAUGGAAAACAAAAGUUGUUUGCCCUCCGAAGAAGAUGGAGUGCAAAUUCAUCCAGAAACACAAAACCUACGACCUGCGGCUGCUCUCCUCUCUCACCGGGUCCUGGUCCCUGGUCCACGACGGAGUCUCGUACUAUAUAAAUCUGUGCCAGAGAAUAUAUAAAGGACCCCUGGGCUGCUCUGAAAGGGCCAGCAUUUGCAGAAGGAGCACAACUGGUGACGUCCAGGUCCUGGGACUCGUUCACACGCAGAAGCUGGACGUCAUAGAUGACAAGGUGGUUGUCAUGUACUCCAGAGGUUAUCCGUGUGGUGGAAAUAAGACCGCAUCCUCCGUGAUAGAAUUGACCUGUACAAAGACGGUGGGCAGACCUGCAUUCAAGAGGUUUGAUAUCGACAGCUGCACUUACUACUUCAGCUGGGACUCCCGGGCUGCCUGCGCCGUGAAGCCUCAGGAGGUGCAGAUGGUGAAUGGGACCAUCACCAACCCUAUAAAUGGCAAGAGCUUCAGCCUCGGAGAUAUUUAUUUUAAGCUGUUCAGAGCCUCUGGGGACAUGAGGACCAAUGGGGACAACUACCUGUAUGAGAUCCAGCUUUCCUCCAUCACGAGCUCCAGAAACCCGGCGUGCUCUGGAGCCAACAUCUGCCAGGUGAAGCCCGACGAUCAGCACUUCAGCCGGAAAGUCGGCACCUCUGACAAGACCAAGUACUACCUGCAAGACGGCGAUCUUGAUGUCGUGUUUGCCUCUUCCUCUAAAUGCGGAAAGGAUAAGACCAAGUCUGUUUCUUCCACCAUCUUCUUCCACUGUGACCCUCUGGUGGAGGACGGGAUCCCCGAGUUCAGUCACGAGACUGCCGACUGCCAGUACCUCUUCUCUUGGUACACCUCAGCAGUGUGUCCUCUGGGGGUGGGCUUUGACGGCGAGAAAUCCCUGGGGACCGACGAGCAAGUGCACAAGGGGCUGUCAGGAGCGGAGCCCAGGCGGUCGCGCGGUGCUCAGCCCCUGCUGCUGGUGGCACUCACCGGCUGUCUGCUGUGCUCCCUGCUCUACAAGAAGGAGAGGAGGGAAACAGUGAUAAGUAAGCUGACCACUUGCUGCAGGAGAAGUUCCAACGUGUCCUACAAAUACUCAAAGGUGAACAAGGAAGAAGAGACAGAUGAGAACGAAACAGAGUGGCUGAUGGAAGAGAUCCAGCUGCCUUCUCCACGGCAGGGAAAGGAAGGGCAGGAGAACGGCCAUAUUACCACCAAGUCUGUGAAAGCCCUCAGCUCCCUGCAUGGGGAUGACCAGGACAGUGAGGAUGAGGUUCUGACCAUCCCAGAGGUGAAAGUUCACUCGGGCAGGGGAGCUGGGGCAGAGAGCUCCCACCCGGUGAGAAACCCACAGAGCAGCGCCCUUCAGGAGCGUGAGGACGAUAGGGCAGGGCUGGUCAGGGGUGAGAAGGCGAGGAAAGGGAAGUCCAGGUCUGCACAGCAGAAGACAGUGAGCUCCACCAAGCUGGUGUCCUUCCAUGACGACAGCGACGAGGACCUCUUACACAUCUGACUCCGCAGUGCCUGCAGGGGAGCACGGAGCCGCGGGACAGCCAAGCACCUCCAACCAAAUAAGACUUCCACUCAAUGAUGCUUCUAUAAUUUUGCCUUUAACAAAAACUUUCAAAAGGGAAGAGUUUUCGUGAUGGGGGAGAGGGUGAAGGAGGUCAGGCCCCACUCCUUCCUCAUUGUUUACAGUCAUUGGAAUAAGGCGUGGCUCAGAUCCGCCACAGGGCGGUACCCUGUGCCCAGGGUUUUACCCCAAGUCCUCAUUUAAAAACGUAAGACCAGACGCAUCUCAAAACAGAGGGCUGCAUUCUAAGAAACCCUUGCUGCUUUAGGCCCGAUAGGGUGUUUGACCCCAGUAUAUUUUAGCAUUUUAAUUCUCUCCCCCUAUUUAUUGACUUUGACAAUUACUCAGGUUUGAGAAAAAGGAAAAAAAGAAAACAGCCACCGUUUCUUCCUGCCGGCAGGGGUGUAAUGCACCGGUUUGUCCAUCCUGAGACGGCGAGGCUGUUGGUGUGCGGGACAGUUUCCGGUGGGAUUUUGAACUGGUCAUUGGUGUGUCCCCUGAGUUGCAGCUCAUUCUGUCUCUUUUCUCUUUUGCUUUCUGUUUCUUAAGGGCACACACGUGCGUGCGCGCACACACACACAUACGUGCACAGGGUCCCUGAGUGCCUAGGUUUUGGAGAGUGCGCCUGUUCUAUGCCUUUAGUCAGGAAUGGCUGCAGCUUUUUGCAUGACAUCUUCAAGCCUGGGCGUACAGAGCACAUUUGUCAGUAUUUCUUUCACCGGCUGGUGAAUUCAAACAACCUGCCCAAAGAUUGAUUUGUGUGUUUGUGUGUGUGUGUGUUUGAGUAGAGUUGAGGUGUCAGAGAAAAUGAACUUUUCCAGAUUUGGGGUAUAGGUCUCAUCUCUUCAGGUUCUCAUGAUACCACCUUUACUGUGCUUAUUUUUUUAAGAAAAAAGUGUUGAUCAACCAUUCGACCUAUAAGAAGCCUUAAUUUGCACAGUGUGUGACUUACAGAAACUGCAUGAAAAAUCACGGGCCAGAGCCUCGGGCCUAGCGUUGCACUUGGCCUCAUGCUGGAGGGAGGCCGGGUGGGCACGGCGUGGAGGAGGAGGGAUGCGCUGCUCGCGUUCUUAUUCUGGCGGCAGCGCCUUUUCUGCCAUAUUUAGUGGAUGACUUUUCUCGCAUUGUAGAAUUGUAUAUAGACUCUGGUGUUCUAUUGCUGAGAAGCAAACCUCCCUGCAGCAUCCCUCAGCCUGUGCCGGUUUGGCUGGCUUGUUUGAUUUCAACAUGAGUGUAUUUUUUAAAAUUGAUUUUUCUCUUCAUUUUUUCAAUCAACUUUACUGUAAUAUAAAGUAUUCAGCAAUUUCAAUAAAAGAUAAAUUAUUAA